AUGUCCAACGGCAGCAUGGUGCAGGGCAAGCUCAUGUGGGAGCCCAAGGACGUGGCGUCCACCUCCAUGGAUGCCUUCCGGCGCACCGUCAACCAGCGCUUUGGCCUCGACCUCAAGACGUACGACGAACUUUGGCGCUGGUCGUGCGACAACCUGGACGCCUUCUGGUCCACCGUCUGGGACGAGACGCACGUCGUUGCAUCGGUCAAGGCGCAGCGGGCCAUUGCGGAUGAUGCGCCCAUCUAUCCGCCGCCACGCUGGUUCGAAGGUGCGCGCCUCAACUUUUCCGAGAACCUGCUGCGACACGGUGCGCCCGACGCGGCCGAAGAGGCGGCGUCGCGCACGGCGGUGAUCCAGUCCACCGAGGUCGACACCACCACAGGUGAGCUCGACGAGUCCUCCAUCACGUACCGCGAGCUGUAUGUUUUAGUCGCGCGGGCAGCCGGCGCCAUGCGCGCCCGUGGCAUCAGCGUCAACGACUGCGUCGCCUCGUACUCGGCCAACAACAUCGAGAAUCUCGUGGCGUUCCUGGCAGCGUCGUCCAUCGGUGCCGUGUGGACGAGCGCAGCCGCCGACUUUGGACCCGAGGGCGUGCUGGAGCGUCUGCGCACCGUGCGUCCCAAGCUGCUGCUCAGCGUCAAUGCGGUGCGCUACAACGGCAAGGUGCACGACCAUCUCCAGAAGCUCCAGAGCGUCGUCGAUGGCCUCGAGGCAGACAGGAAGCCCGAAGAGCAGAAACUCGAGUCGGUCAUCGUCGUGCCGUACGUCCGAUCGCAUCCCGUCCCGGAGCACAGCGCUACUAGUCAGAACGGCUCGCAGGGAACGGCCUGGACGAGCUGGGAGAGCUUGCUGCAGGAAGGCGAAGCGAAUGCGCACAAGCCGAUCGCGUUUCAGCAGCUCGACUUCAACCAUCCGCUCUGGAUCCUGUUCUCGUCCGGAACGACUGGCAAGCCCAAGGCGAUAACGCACCGAGCCGGCGGGAUGCUGCUGCAGCUGUCCAAGGAGCAUCUCAUCCACGGCGGCCUCACGCCCGACGAUGUGUUCUUCCAGCACACCACCACGGGCUGGAUGAUGUGGAACUUCCUCAUCGCAGGUCUGGUGGCUGGAUGCCCCAUCGUGCUGUACGAUGGCAGUCCGCUCAAGCCGGCGUCGGUGUUGUGGGAUCUGGCCGAGAAGCACGGCGUGACGACGUUCGGUACCUCGGCGGCAUACCUGGGUGCGCUCGAAAAGAGCGGCUACGACGUGCGUGCGAGCCACCCCGGCCUCAAGGUGCGUCAGCUGCUCAGCACGGGCUCGCCGCUGCGUCCCGAACUGUACCCCUUUGUCCACGACAAGAUCGGUGCGGACAUCCUGGUUGGGUCGAUCACGGGCGGGACGGAUCUGUGCUCGCUGUUCGCGGGGCACAAUACGGCCUUGCCUGUGCGUGCGGGCGAGAUCCAGGCUCGCAAUCUCGGUAUGGACAUUGGCGUGUACGAUUCCGACAGCGCCACUGAGCUGCUCGAGCCCAACAAGGUCGGAGAUCUGGUGUGCAAGAAACCCUUUCCUGCCCAGCCGCUCGGCUUCUGGAAACAGCCCGAGUCCAAGUACUACGACUCGUACUACGCCCAGAUUCGCGGCGUCUGGUAUCACGGCGACUUUGUCAUGCUCAGCCCACACGGCGGCGUGGUGAUGCUCGGUCGAUCCGAUGGAAUCCUCAAUCCCGGAGGUAUCAGGUUUGGAUCGUCCGAGAUCUACGAGCUUCUCGAAAGCCCCGAGAACCCCAUGCAGUCGCUGAUUGUCGACUCGCUCGUAGUGGCACUCAAGACGCCCGCGGGAGACGACGAGGUAGUAUGCCUCUUUGUUGUUCUCAACCCCGCAGCGAGGAUCGCAAUGGAGGAGUUCAAGAAGAGUCUCAGCGCACUCAUCAGGUCAAAGCGAAGCGCAAGACAUGUUCCCAAGUUCAUCGAAAUCGUCCCCGACAUUCCAAAGACGCUCAACGGUAAGAAGGUCGAGGUACCCGUCAAGAAGAUCAUCAACGGCGCAGGCCUCGACGCCAUCAACAAGGCCACGCUUCUCAACCCGCAAAGCCUCGAACCAUUUGUGGUUCUGGGUGAGAAACUGCGCUCCAGCCUCGUCUAG